AUGGCGCCGCCGGUUCUCCUCCCCUCGUCGCUCGGAGCCGUGGCUGCGGCCGCAACCGACUUCAACGCGCGAAGCCUGCAUGAGAACCAUGCGCGCGACCUGCAGCAUCCGACGCACACGCAGCAGGUCACCCUGGGCGUCAUCGCCGCCUACGUCGUCGCCAUUGCCAUUCUGUGGAACGUGCCCUAUCUCAAGAUGAUUCUCUGGCCCUUCAAGAUGCUCGUCAUCGCCUUCCACGAGUUCGGCCACGCCAUCACCGCCGUCCUCACCGGCGGCCGCGUCAAGUCCAUCAGCCUCGACCCCAACGAGGGCGGCGUCACCCACAUGCAGGGCGGCAUCAGCGCCAUCACCCUCCCCGCGGGCUACCUCGGCUCCUCCAUCAUCGGGGCCCUCCUCACCUUCUGCGGCUUCAACAUCGUCGCCUCCAAGGUCGCCAGCAUCGUCCUCGGCGUCUGCUUCCUCCUCACCCUGUGGUGGGGCAAGCGCGACUGGCUCACCGUCCUCACCGUCCUGCUCGCCGUCGGCCUCAUCAUCGCCUGCUGGUUCAUCGUCCAUGCCGAGGCCCUGCGCUUCGUCGUCCUCUUCAUCGGCGUCAUGUCCUCGCUCUACAGCGUCUGGGAUAUCUGCGACGACCUCAUCCUGCGCAAAGUCAACUCGUCCGACGCGAGUGUCUUCGCCAAGCGCUACGGCGGCUCCUCCCAGUGCUGGGGCGUCAUCUGGUCCAUCAUCUCGGUCCUCAUCAUGGCCGUCGGCAUCGUCGCCGGCCUGGCCGCCUUUUCCCAGUCGUUUGAGCAGCAGCAGGAGGACUCCAAGAACUUCAUUCCGACGUAA